AUGCUUAACAUCGCCACCGCCCCCCUCGCAACAUCCAUCUCCCUAGCAGGCGGCAUCGGCUUCAUAGCCGGCGGCUACAACACAACCCUCAGCAAUCUAGAAACAAACCUCCAUCACGCAAGCCAACUCAUAAAGUCCCACGCAGAUCAGUCAAACCCCGCUUGCAAAUUCUACACACAAACGGGUGUGUUACCGCUCGGCGUGGGGUUUAUUAAUUGGGGUGUUGAUCGGGAUGAGGCGUUGAGGAUAUUACGGAUGUAUAAAGUUGCGGCGGUGUGGUUGUUUGCGCCGAGGGAUGUGGGGGAGUUUGGGGGGUGGGUUGAGGGGAUGAGGGGCCUUUAUGAACAUAGGAAGGAUGGGGAUGAUGUGGAUGGUUCCAAGUCCAAGGAAUGGAGUACACCACAAAUUUGGAUCCAAAUCAGCUCGGUAGCCGAAACAACAACCGCAUUGAAAGCCCUCCACCCAGAUGUGCUGGUAAUCCAAGGUUCUGAUGCAGGAGGACACGGUCUCGCACGCUCUGCAUCACUCCUAACUCUCCUCCCAGAAAUAUCCAACCUGAUAGCAGAGCAUUACCCACCCUCAACCAAAACCACCUCCAACGACCAUCAACAUCAACCACCAACCCUCCUCGCAGCCGGCGGCCUAACCAACGGCCUGACCCUCUCCGCAGCCCUCCUCCUCGGCGCAACAGGCGGCGUAAUGGGCACCCGGUUCCUCGCCUCCCACGAAGCAAAUAUCCCAGGCGGGUAUCAAAACGCAAUCCUCCGCGCCGUAGACGGGGGCGUGAAUACCGUUCGCUCAACAGUAUACGAUCGAGUUAGAGAUAUAAAAGGUUGGCCGGAACGGUAUGAUGGGCGCGGAGUGAUUAAUGCGAGUUACCUUGAUGCGGUGGGUGGGAUGAGUGAUGAGGAGAAUCGGGGGUUGUAUGUUGAGGAGAUGGGGAGGGGAGAUGAGGGGUGGGAUGUGGAGGGGAAGGGGAGGAUGACUACGUAUGCGGGGACGGGGGUUGGACUUAUCAAGGAGGUGCUUGGGGCGGGGGAGAUUGUUAGGCAGGUUUGGGGGGAGGUUGUGGAUGUUAAGAGGAGCGUUAGGGCGAGAUUGUAG